AUGGGGACAAUGCUCACUCACCAUCUGCGGCCUGAGUUCACAGAGACGGUAAUAAAGCUGGGUCAUGGUCCAGGGCUCCCCGCUGCCAGAGCACUUAACCAUCACCAGUACCCAAGCAACUGCAGGCUGAUACUACUAAUACACAAGCCCUUCCUCUAUGUCAUUCUUUGCCCUGUGGGUUCCUACUUCCCUGGAGACUCCAUGACCCCUGUCUCCCUCCUGGCUGACCCCAUGUUCAUCCGUGCCUGGAUGGGUGGGGUUGGCGACUACAAGCUGCCUUCUAGGAAUUAUGGGCCCACUGUGUCCCUACAGCAAGAAGCCCAGAAGAAGGGCUUCGCGAUGAACAUCUUCAUCUACUGGACUCACGAGGAGGGGGGGAGGGUACUGGAGCUGGCAACUCCCCCCCCCCAAGCACUGGAUGGCCUCGUCAUGCCUGGAGAGGUGCGACUAAGCCUGCUGGACCUGGCUAGGACUUGGGGUGAGUUCCGGGUGGCCGAGCGCAAGGUUGCCAUAAAGCAACCAAAGCGGGCGCUGGAGCAGGGCCUUGUGCGGGAAGUCUUUGGCUCAGACACUGCUUGUCAAAUCUGCCCAGUGCAUCAAAUCCUGUACGAAGGCAAGGUGAGCCGGAGCUGCCGGGGUUGCCGGGAGAGAAAGGGAGAGGGCCCCAUCCUCACGGCUCCUUUUCCUCAUCAACUCCAAAUUCCCACCAUGGAGAACGGGCCAGAGCUCAUCCUGCGCUCCCAGAACCAGCUGAAGGCUAUUCAGUACGGAGCCAGGGCCCACAAUCGGAUGUUUCCUGUGUGA